AUGUGUUUGAAGGCACGUGAACCUGCCGUACCCGGUAGCGUCGACAUCGUCAAUGCUGAAGAUAAAGUCAGCUCAGUCUUGAGCCCGCUGGGUCGAGACGUGCGCUUUACAGCUAAAAAUAGGCGAAGCUUGCCGAGGGUUAUGACGCCAGAAUGCAAACCAGAAGGCCAAACGGACCACGCUGAUGUAAUGUCACCUGGAACACAUGUGGGGCGUGAUUUCGCUUAA